AUGGAGGUUAUUUCUUGCUAUGAUAACUUGGAUGCGUAUUUGAUGGUUUUAGGUGCUUUUGCUGAUAUUAUUCUGCAUUGUGAAAUGGGUAUACAUCUAAACAAGAUUUUGGAUGAGAUAUUUGGGAGAGUUUGUCCCCAAGACAUUGAUGAAAAUGCUUUGACUGCCUUGCAGUUGUUCUUUCUGAAGCUUCUUACACAUUUUGAUGAUUUGAAAGAGAUCAUAUCACUGGUUCGUGUGUUUAAGUUUUCUCUUUUCAGGUGGCCUUAA